AUGACCUGAUGACUAUGAUUUUGUUUCCAGGUGUACCAACCUGGAGCCAAAGGCCAGACCCACAUGAACUCAGCCAGUCCCAGAAGUCAAUCCUGGAUGAGGUAUCCUGGUCGGUGAAGCUGAUGCUGCUCAGGGAAUACUUCCCGCAUCUGGAUGAGACGAAGCGAGUCGGCGGGCAAGCCUAUGUCAGAGUUAAAAGAGACAUCGAAUCCCCUCCAACAGACGACAACGAUAUGAAGCUCAAACUGUUUCGUCUAAUGUACGAGACAGUCCGAGACAGCGACUUGAAGGUCAAGAGAGCUGAGCUCAUAAACGCAUACUACGUCAACUCCACCAGCUUCGAAAUAGGUUAUUUACUGGGUGAUGUCACUGACAAGUUCAAUAUUAUGUCUGACAUAUCUUCAACGCUGAAGAGACUGUACGAGAGCUGGAAGCCAAUAGAACAUAUAAAUGCGUACGAACAGAUUGCUAAUCAGGCUAUUGAAAUAAGUCAUUUAAUUGAUAUGAUUAGAACGGUAAAUAAGAGAGGCAUGUCUCAGGAUAUGUCUUAGAUUACAAUGUUUGAAUACG